CUGGUGGUUUGGAGCCCUGAGCGAUAAUAUAAAACCUUUCACAUACCCCUGGAGUUAAAUUGUAGAAGAAUGGAUUUCUUGACAUUCAACCAAUUUGUAGUGCUCCUCUGGAAAAACUUUACCUUAAAGAGGAGGCAGGUCUUUACUUUAAUAUUGGAAAUCUUAACAGUACUGGUGUUUCCAGUGAUGAUUUUGCUAUUCCGGAUCCCUAAACUUACUUCUAUAAACGUUGUCGGACCUUAAAAUUAUACUUCCCAGCCCAUCAAUACUUUUUUCCUCAAAAAUCCUGAAGAUUGGGAAUUGAUUUAUGUGCCUUCUAAUAUUGAUGUUGUAAGUGAGAUCAUGGAGAGUAUGAAGAGGAAUCUGAACAUCAAUGUAAAAGUUCAAGGGUUUGCUUCAGAAAUAGAGUUUGAGAGGUACAUUGAAUAUGACUAUGGAUCUCAUAAAGUACUGGCUGCCAUCAUUUUUGACUGUAACUUCAAAAGCAGCAGUGACCCUCUGCCACUUCAGGAGUACCAGCUUAUAAUUGGACUUCAAAACUGGAUCAUCUGGGCUGCCUAUUUCUUCACAUUCUUCUUUUUUUAUAUCAUUAUUAUCUCUUUGAUAUGUGUUUUAUUCUCUAUUUUCAGGGAGCCAAUCUUUCGCUUCAGUGACAGUAGUUUCAUCUUUGUCUUUCUUAUGUGUCAUGCCAUUGCUUCAAUAUUCUUUGCAUUUAUGGUUAGCACAUUCUUCAAUAAAGUCCAUUUGGCUGCUUCUGCUGGAAGUCUCCUAUAUUUUGCCACUUUCUUUCCAUUUAAUACCAUUAUUAAAUACUACGGACACAUGACCCUCACCCAGAAAGUGACUGUCUGUCUCAGCUCAAAUGUUGCAUUGGCACUGGGAAUUAGUCGUCUGCUCAAAUUGGAAUUAAAACAAAUUGGUGUUAGAUGGGAUAACAUUUGGAGACCAGUCAACCUUGAGGAUAACCUCAUAUUUGGCUAUAUUUUGUUAAUGCUUUUACUUGAUGCUUUCUUAUAUGGCAUUGUGACCUGGUAUAUGGAAACCAUCUUUCCAGGGCAGUGUGAUGUGCCCCAACCAUGGUACUUUUUUCUUUUGCGCUCAUACUGGCUUGGUGAAACAAAAAUUAGAAAGAAAAAAGAAGUGAAAAAUUGUGGACAAACUCCAAACAAGCAUUUUGAGGCUGAACCUACUAGUUUGGUGGCAGGUAUCCAGAUCAAACAUUUACACAAGGAAUUUGGUGACAAAGUAAUAGUAAACAACAUGUCCUUGAAUUAGGGGCAAAUCACUAUUCUUCUAGGGCAAAAUGGGGCAGGAAAAACCACAAUCUUGUCCCUUCUCACAGGUCGUUACCCUCCUACCAGAGAAGAGGUCUAUAUUCAUGGAUUUGACAUCUCAAAGAACAUAAUGGAGAUUCGAAAAAAUCUGGGCUUCUGCCCACAGCAAGACUUGUUGUUUAAUGACUUGACAAUCUCAGAACACCUAUUUUUCUACUCUGUGGUUAAAAGAAUAUAUCAAAACAUGUAUUCUAUGGAAAUUGACCAUAUGCUGUCUUCUUUUAACCUGCUAGAAAAGCGUGAUACACUUUCAAAGGCACUGAGUGGAGGAAUGAAGCGCAAACUCUCCAUCAUCAUAGCACUUAUGGGGGGUUCCCAGGUAGUGUUACUUGAUGAACCAUCAUCUGGUAUGGACCCAGUCUCAAGGAGAGCCACCUGGGAGCUCCUUCAGCAGUAUAAACAGAAUCGUACCAUCUUAUUGACCACUCACUACAUGGAUGAAGCUGAUCUCCUGGGUGACCCCAUUGCCAUCAUGGUCAGGGGGACCCUGCAGUGCUGUGGCUCUUCUGUCUUCCUGAAACAAACAUAUGGUUCUCUAUCCCUUUGCUCAUUCUUAUUUGAAGCUCUGAUUGAUCACUUGGAGAAGAAACAAAAAGAGCUGGGCAUUGCUAGCUUUGGUGCUUCAAUCACUACCAUGGAAGAAGUCUUUGUUAAGGUCAAUAACCUGGCAGAUUCCCAAAUGGAUAUUCAGGCUACCCACUUCCCUUUCUUGAAGGACCAAAAAAUGGGACAAGAUAUGAAGUGGAAUAUGAAUAUGCCCAGAUAUCAUGAGACAUCUGUUUAUUCUAGAUUGAAUGAAAUGGCUAACAUUAAAGUUAAUACUGGGUUUCCACUUUACUGUCAGCAAUUUCAUUCCAUGUUUAUAAAGAGAGCACUAUUCACUUGGCGCAAUUGGAAGUUGAUGUUGCUACAGAUAUCAGUAAUUUUGGUAUUCACUACGUAUCUCUUAUUAACUGUACAGUUCCAUUAUGACCUACCCACCAGAGAACUGGACUUGAGUCAAUAUGGUCGAACAAUUGUGCCUUACUCAAUUUCAGGGAAUUCUGAUUUGGCUUUGAAUCUCAUAAAUAAUCUUAAGAUUUUUCUAAAACGUAAGAAUCAAGAACUUUGGGAUAUUUUAGGUAAAGUAACAAAAUAUCUAAUGGAAAACAAAGAGUUUUGUGACUUCUCCAUUACUGCACUUUCCAUUGAGGUUGAGGAAAACAAAACAAUACUUACUGUUUUAUUCAAUAAUAAGGCAUACCAUUCAGCUGCAACAUCAUUGGCAGUGUUAGACAACGUUCUUUUUAUGUCACUUUCUGGCCCCAAUGCUUCCAUUAAAGUUGCCAACAAGCCUCAACCUCUCCCUCUUCAUGGCUCUCACAUAAUGCCUACAAAUGGAUUACAAAUAGUAAUAUGCUUGGCUUUCAGCCUGGCUGUUUUGAUUGGUACCUUUUGCCUUCAGACAGUGACUGAGAGAACAACUAGGGGAAAGCACAUCCAAUUUGUGAGUGGGGUCUCUGUACUUACUUACUGGCUCUCUGCUUUUCUGUGGGAUCUCAUCUACUUCUCCAUUUUCUGCUGCUUACUACUGGGAGUGUUCACAUACUGCAGAAUGGAUGCAUUUGUUGCAAAUUACAACUUUCUGGAUACAAUGAUGAUCCUUAUGCUGUAUGGUUGGUCUGCUGUACCUCUCAUGUAUCUUGGAAGCUUCCUGUUUUCUAGUAGUACUGCUGCCUACAUCAAGCUCACCCUCUUUAACUACUUUUCAACUAUUUUCAGUAUCAGCAUUUACAUCAUAAGACACCACUAUGACCUUGAUUUUCCUCACUACAUCAGAACCCUCAUAGAUAGUGUAUUAGUGAUGCUUCCUAGCUACAACUUUGCAAUGAGUAUCAGCAAAUUCUUUAAUGACUAUGAGAUGAAAAAGCUGUGUACCAGACAAUUUCCAAAGAUAUAUGUGAACUGCAGUAAGACAUUUAUUGAGAACAGUGUCUAUAAUUUUGGAAAACAUGGGAUUGCAAAAUUUUUUAUUGCAUUGGCUAUCUUGGGCUUAUUUUAUCUACCUUUGCUUUUGUGUCUGGAGACUACAUCCUGGAGCCUGGAAAACUUUGUCUUUCAUAAAAUUAUAUCUAAUGUCCACAACAUAUUCACAAAAGGCAAGACAUCUACAGUGUCCUGUCAAGUAAUCAACAACUAUGAGGAUGAAGUUAUAAAAAAUGAAGAAAACAGAGCCCUGGCACUGCCUCCCAAGUUAAAGAAUACCCCACUGGUUCUGAAAGAACUUACAAAGAUUUAUUAUAAGUGUCCAGUUGUAAAAGCUAUAAGAAAUAUCUCCCUUGUAGUCCAGAAAUACGAGUGCUUUGGAUUACUUGGAUUAAAUGGAGCUGGGAAAACCACCACAUUCAAAAUACUGACUGGAGAGGAGACCACAACGUCUGGAGCUGUGUUGAUUGAUGGCUUUAACAUCACCAAAAAUAUCAGAAAGCCAGUGGGAAUACCUGCCUGGAGUGCUUGUGUUUGUUCUCUAUGUGAAGGAAACAGACGUAGACUGAAUACUGCUAUUGCCCUAAUGGGCUCUUCAGAGUCUUCAGUUGUCUUUCUGGAUGAGCUGUCUACUGGCUUAGACCCAGUAGCCAGGUGCCUGCUGUGGAACACCAUUACAUGGAUGUGUAGAAGCAAAGCUAUCAUCAUAACUUCCCACAGCAUGGAAGAAUGUGAGGCCCUCUGUACCAGAUUGGCCAUUAUGGUAAAGGGGAAGUUCAAGUGCCUGGGCAGCCCUCAGCACCUCAAAAACAAAUUUGGUAAUGCAUACAGUCUGACAGCAAAGAUUAAGUUUGAAAACAAUAAAAGUAAACUAGAGAAGUUCAAAGAAUUCAUAGCAACAACUUUCCCAGGUUACAUCAUAAACCAGGAGCACCAAGGGAUUAUUUGCUACUACAUUCCAAAACAGGAAAUCUGCUGGGGAAAGAUGUUUAGUAUUUUGGAGGAAGCUAAAGCCCUAUUCAAUCUAGAAGACUACUCUGUCAGCCGGAUAACACUGGAGCAAAUCUUCCUGACCAUUGCUAAUAUUGAUAAAACAGAAAGCAUUCAAGAAAUAAAACUGCUAUGA